UCUGUGGUUAUCACUCUUUGUUUCCCUUUCACCUAUCUACCUCCCUCUCUCUCUCUCUCUCUCUCUCUCUACCUCCUCUCCUUUUCCCCCUCUUUUUUCCCCUACUGCCACUUUUUCCUCCUGUCAUCUUUCAUCGAACAUUGCAGCUAUGCUCCGAACCAUCCGUGAUCAUGCCAGGAAACAUCCUGGACUUAUCCCACAGAUUUUUUUCAUAUGCCUGGGAAUUGGAGGCGCUGCACUUUAUCUGGUUCGUCUAGCCAAGGGACCCCAUGUUACAUGGAAUAAAUCCAGCAACCCCGAACCAUGGAAUCGGCUCAGCCCUACCUAUCAGUAUAAGUUUUUAGCUGUAAACACAGACUACAAGAACCUGAAAAAGGAAGGGCCUGACUUCUAAAACUCCGAAGAUGCUGAUACUCCACCUUGCUGAUUUACGCAGUUAAAUUUGAAAUAAAACUGAAAUGAAAUAAAGUCGCAGAAAAUAUUUACUUGGAAUCUUGGUAACUAAAGUGAAUGAGCAAUUGGUGUUUAUCCCUCUAGUGUGAAUGAUCUGUAUAGCAAAUAGAUCGAUUUCUGCAUUCAGCCAGUAAGCACCUUUCUGUUUGUUUGAUAUUUGUGUUGAGUUGCAUGCAGAGUUGUAAAUGCAUGUAGGUGUAAUAAAUGUAAACUGAUUUCUUCUGAGGAAUUUAAAAUAAGUAUGUCACAAUGGAAUGCAGUAAAAAAAAAAAAAAAUUCAUCAUAACUUGCAGUACAAUUCAUUUGUUUAAUUCCAAAACCUAAGAAAUUAAUGUUUCUCUGCAAUUUUACAGUCUAAACUUUUUUACAUUCCUCAGUAUCCUAAGAUUUAAAACAAUAUGACCAAAAUGACCUAGUUCUGAUUACUGUAAGGACAGAUUUCGACGUUGUUUUACACUCUCAUUACAAUUCUCAUUACAUACAUUACAUCAAUGCAUUCUCUUUAAUGGCAAAUUAAAUUCUGUUCAACAGUUACAAGAAAUAUAUAUGUUAUAAAAAUGCGAAAUAAAGUUCUUUUCUUAAAUAUCAAGCUCACAUUAGGCUUACAUCACUGUUUCUACAGAAUGGGUAUUUUAAUAUAGAUUAUUGUCGAUUGCUGCAAUGUGGUUUGUACUAUAAUAUACAGUGAGAUAGCUAUAUUUAGUUUUUUUGCAUGUCUACAAAGAAUUUUGACUGUCAUAAGAUCCACACUAAUAAAAAAUAUCUGUUUAACAUGA